AUCUGAGAGAGGGCUCAGUAGAGCUUUUAAGGUUAAGGUUAUGCAUUUUCAACACUGAUCUCUAUAAAAGUCUUUAGUAGAGAUCAGUGAUUUUCAAGGCUUGUAGCCUCGGAAUCAGAUCUGUGAGAUUUAUGUACAUUUACUUGAGGUAGUAGAAGUUCCCGCUUCUUGGAAAUAAGUAGCCUGCAAUCACGAGGAAAGUGUGAUAUAUAGGUGCAUCUCUUUUGCCAACAAACUAAUAGCAAAAUGGGUGACACGAAUUUUGAAUUGGAUGUUGAGGGCUUCUGCUUUAAGCAGAUGACCAAGCUGCAGGUUUUCAACUCCCCAGAAAACCUCAUGACAGAUGCAACAAAUUUGAUCACUGUUUCAAAUCAAUUUGGAAAAAUCUUUGUUGCUGCAGGGACAGAAAUAAAAAUGAUUGACAUUGCUGUGAUUGAGACCCUUACAUUUCAAGAAGAUGCUGAUCCAACCCAUGUUGUUUCAAGUUUCGACCAUAAAAGUCUGGAGACUGGGAAGGCGAUAAAAUACAUUGCCCUGUCGUGCGAUGGGUUGACAUUGUCGGCUGUUUAUUUUGAAAACAAUAGCUUGUGGAUUGGAUGUGUAGAUAUACGAUAUAUUGGAGACCAGAAUUUACCAAGUCCCUUCUUUGCAAAAGGACAGCUUACUGCGGAGCCAGAUGUAUACCUUCGUGAACUGGAAUGGAACCCAGAGGAUCCUAAAUUAGCAAUAAUUUGUUUAUCCAACGGUUCAGUGUCGUUCAUCCAACUGUCAGAUCAAUCUGUAUGCAUUGUUGCCACUCUUCCAGAAACUAAAAAGUCAUCAUCAGUCAACUGGAGCCCAAGAGGAAAAAAUUUUGCUGCAGGACAUAAUGAUGGUUCAAUUGUUUUAUAUGACAAGAAAAUGACUGUGAAGAAAGAGCUGCCAUGCCCUGAUGACGUCAGAGGUCAUAAAGUCGCCAAAGUCUGUUGGAUCAUGAGUCAUAACUUUGCAGCUGUUUAUACGAACACAGAGAACGAAGAGCCACCAAAGUUUGUCUGCAUCGUUUCCAAUAAAGAUGAGCCAAUUGCCUACACGAACAUGGAGGAUGUUUACUUUGGCCUAAAUGAAGAAAGAACACUUUCGUUUUACAUCAAGACUAUUCCACAAUGGAAUUUACUAGUCACAAUGGCUAGCAAUGCAUUCGAAGGGGUAGUCAUUGGUAAAGUUGGGGAAAAGUGGAUGAGAUGGGUACUUAGUGAUGAUGGUAGGGCAGAAAUGCCUUUGACAGAAGAUGGAGAUGAAACGUUUCCAUGUGGUCUUCAUAUAAACCUCAAUUCAACUAUGGUGAUUAAGGAGGGAGAAUCAACACUGCCGCCAACUCCGAUGUUUCUAAUGGUGUCAACAAACGGGGUUCUCUGCCCAUACCAAAUGGUUAACAAAAUGCCUGGCGUUAAACACCAGAUAUUAAUGAGACAAACAGCACUAAUCAAAGACGGUGUGCAUAAACCAAUAUCUGAUGACCAAUCUGGGGAGAGAAGACCGGUUGAAGCAAGUGCCAGUGAAGUUAAAGGCUCGUUGCCAAAGCCGUUUGGUAGUUUGACAUCCACUGGUGCUUCUGCUUCUGCUACAAAGCCUGCCCCAGCUGCAGACUCAAAAAGCCAACAGACACCAGCUUUUCCUGGUACAUCAGCUUUUCCUGGUACAUCAGCUUUUCCUGGUACAUCAGCUUUUCCUGGUACAUCAGCUUUUCCUGGUACAUCAGCUGGUUUCGGUCAACAGCCAACACCCGGUGGAUUUUUUACAGCGCCUGCAACAGGAUCCCUUUUUGGUACAGGAGGACAAAACUUGUUCAGCACACCCACCAAAACUGACUCGCCAGCUUCAAAUGUGCCAAAGCCUGGUGGCUUGUUUUCAUCCACAGCUGUAUCAAAUAAGCCACCUGUCGGCAUGUUUGGCAAUGAGGUCAAGACAGAUCCACCAACAAAGGGUGAAGGAAGUGCCUCUUUGUUUACUGCAUCAUCAAAACCUGCUUUUGAUUUGGACGGGAAAACAGCCAAGUUUUCAGCAGUAGAAGCAAGCAGGCCCCUGUUUGGAGCAGAUAAACUGACAUCUUCAUCACAAGCCAGCUCUCAACCGUCCAUUUUUAGCUCUAAUGCUCCAUCUACUUCAUUCAGUUUUGUUUCACCAAGAGAACCUCAAACUGUAACACAAAACCAACCUGUGUCACAAGCGCUUUUUACCUUUUCCCAGGCUCCUGUUUUACCCAAAUCUACCAUCCAGGACAGCAAACCUUUGCCUGGAGCAGAAAACGUAAUGUCUUCUUCACAAAGUAAUACUCAGCCGAAAUUUUUCAGCUCCAAUACCCCAUCCUCCUCGUUCAGCUUCGUUUCGCCAAGGCAACCUCAAGCUGCUUCAGAAACACAUUCUGGUCCUCUAGCUUUUUCAGGAGCCACACAACCUUUUGCUUUCCCCAAGACUUCAGUAACAUCUGAAACAAGUAUGCCUGUACCGCAAUCCUCAGUAGCUACACCGUCAACUGUUUCUUUGGUCAAACCAUCCCCAACAACUCAAGCGAAACUUCAAAUGCAGUCUAAAGAAGCAGGGAUGACACUGGCUCAAGGUCAAAGACCGACUCCAUCUGGCAUUAUUCCUCCUGAAAGUAGAUUACUUCAGUCUUUUGAAGAUGCUGGCAAAGUGACUCCCGAACCCCAGACGAAUGCCAGCAUGAACUUCACAGGAGCCCAAGAAACAACAUCAACUGAGACAGUGGCAGUUCCAAAGGAGAACCUAGGGGAUGAUGAGUCUGCAAAAAUUGAGGAAAUGACAGAACAGCUUGGAACGGACAUCAAUACGAAAAUCAAGGAAGAGAUCAACGUGUUUGCUGGAGAGCUCAAGAGCUUCAAAGAAGAAAUGUCUGAUUGCAAAGAGCUCUAUAAAGAAAUUGGCCUAGGCAAAGAUGUAAGGGCCUUGAAAAGCGAGACGGAGUCUCUCAGGCAAUCUGUCGUUGAUUUAAAGACAUGUCACGAGGAACAUCGUAAUGAGUUUUCGCAGCAAAAGAACAAGAUGCUCAAUCAGUUUGAUAAUCUUGAACAGGCAAGGUUUCUACAAACCACUAUGCACGAUAAAAGAUAUAACAACCUACUCAAGACUCGAUCUCUUGAUCCUGUUGCUGCACGCCAGAGAAAGGAGCUAAGAAGCCAACUAAGUUUCCUCACUACACUCAUCAGUGAGGCGAAUGAUUCUUUAGAUGCAGAGUGGGAGCAAGCCAAGAUGACCACUGAUCGAAGGUCAAAAGGUCUGAAAUCAAAUGGAGCCCACAGCAUAUAUAUAGCAAUGGAAUCAAUUGAGAAGAUUAUAAACAAUCUUGCUGACAGGGUUGAGAAUAUCACCUUACAAGCAGAGAAAGACCAGUUAAUUUCAAAGCCUUUUGGAGACAGACAAAGCUUUAUCAGCAACACUAAACUUGAGGACGGCGAGAUUGAUCUUACAGUCAAGAUAAAUGAGGAAAAACUGAUGCCAGAGAGCAAAGUGCGCUUUUCCCCAAUGAAACAAUCGCAUUUCAAGUCUUUCUUAUCAAAGAAGCAAUCACCUCCAAGAAGAAAAGUUAAUUACCAAGUAUCAGACAUCUCUUUGGCGGGCAGACCAAAAGCUGCUUCGACUCCAGCUGUUGGUGCGCCAGAGCGCAAAUUAUUUAAGUUCCCGUCCGAAACACCGGUUGUUAACGGGAAAUUCUCCGCCUUGAAAGAAUCCACGUUUGAAAAACCACCCACAAAAGACAAGGCUAAGGCUACUCCGUCUGUUGUGGCCACGCCCGGCAAAUCACUGCAACAGUUUACAUCAAAGCCGGUAACUCCUUUCAAAACCUCAUCUACGUCACAAGUGCAAUUCAAUGUGCCUGAGGAGAAGCCAGCUGUUAAAUGUGGUCAGCUUGGACAAGCAGCAACUGGAUUCAAAGAUACUUCAUUGUCUGGAGGUCUUGGUAACGCUGUAAAGGUUACUGAAAAGACAGCAUUUGGGAGUCAUCAGUCUUUUAAGGUCAGUGACAAGCAAAGUGAAGCUGUUAAGGUGUCGCAGCAAUCUCAUAUUCCACAGCAGACUUCAAGCCACAGUAUUCCUAUUGUUAAGUCAUCAGAUAUGAAACCAAAGCCUGAAGGGGUAAAGAAUUUCGAAGUUGAUACUUCCAGCGCAAGCAAAACUUCUGGUAUCACUGCACCUACAGGGAGCCAGUCAGCCUCCAUGCCUGUUCAGAAAAUAACUGCAUCUAAUGCGACAGGUGUUAGCUCUAUUUCACAAUCCAGUUCCCAGGACUCAGCCAAUAUGUAUCCCCAACCGUUUCAAUUGUUUACCGGAAGCUCUGUCAAACCUUCACCGGCAAGUGGCACAUCAUUUAUCAAGAGUGCAACAUCAGCUAUGCCCAGUUUUAAGGAAAGUCCUGGUUCACAAGGAGGUGGUUCCGCUGCCUUACAGAUGGAACUUUCAAAAACAGUCCCGGUGUCUAAAGUUGUUUUGGGUGAAGCAGCUUCGAACGAUAAAGGUGGCAGUUUUUCACUAUCUUGUUUGCAAAAGUCAACGGAUAGUCAAGCUGUUUUGACUAGGGAAACAGCUGUGCCAAUUUCAGCAAGCAAAGAAGUUUCCAGCGGCAGUCCUGCAUCCAUAUCUUCAGGCAUGUUUGCGAAGACUACAUCUAUUGUCACUGUCACAACAAGCCAAGAUACAUUUGCCAUUGGAAGUGCAUCCACGCCUCUUUUCGGUCUUCCGAAGCCCGUCUUUUCCAGUCUUCCUUCUGCAGCUACACCCUCUGCUGCUAGCACGCUAUUUACAAGCAAAUUCCAACCUGCUUCCAAAACGACCCAACCAAAUCAAAGUGCUGCAUCGGAAGCAAAAAGCGCCACUUCGGUGACUGCAGACUUUAAAGCCCUACUUCCUCAAGCCUCUGAAAGCACGGCAAUAAAGUCUUCGAUAAAUUUGCCUCCCUCAAAACCGUCGAUUGCCUCUUCCAUUGUGGGCACACAGACUUUGUCUUCGUCACUAUUUGCAACUCAAUCCUCAGUUGAUAAAGCGGAUGUUCCUAAAGCCACAACUUCCACUGCUCUCUUUGCAACCACAGCUGCAACAACAACAUCAUCAUCAUCAUCAUUGCCUUCAACAACAACCAGCCUCUUCUCUGCAAGGAGCGCAGCCUCUUCCUCAAUACCAGCUUUUGGUAGUCAGUCUUUUCUAGGGCUGAGUGGCAAGCCAGCAGAGAUCCCAAAAGAGCCAGAAACGACCAAUGUCACUCCUUCUUUGAGCACCGCCCCUUCAUCAGCACCUUUUUCAACUUCCUCCUCGAUUUUCGGGGGCCAGUCUUCCUUAUUCCCAGCUUUAGGAGCAAAGACGACUGAAAGUAAACCUAGUGCAUUUGGAGCUAUAACAGGCUCUAGUGCCCCAGCAUUCGGUACACAGUCGCCAUUUACAUCAUCAGGUGGCAGUGUACAAAGCAAAGAACAAGGAGAUCCACCAAAACUUUUUAGUGCGCAGUCUUCAACAUCAGUAACAUCGUCAUCUUUGUUUGGCAGCAGCUCUUCAACUGGUCUGUUCAGAACUGCACCGACCACAACACAACCGCUUUUUGGUGCACAGACUGGAACUUCAUCCUCUGGCCUGUUCACUCAGUCUACUUCCAGUGGCUCUUCAACCAUUGGACAACAACAGUCGAUUGGUUUAUUCGGGUCAAAGCUAACCAAUACUCAAGCAAGCACAGGUGGUAUUUUCGGAGGCACACCGUCUGCAAGUAAUGGUGGUGGCCUGUUUGGGACCAAGCCUGUCAGUACUUCUGGGAGCCUUUUUCAAACUUCCAGUACAAGCCAGUCACCAUUUGGACAGAGUAAUUCUGCUUUUGGGUCGCAACCAUUUUCAGGGGGUGCAGGUUUUGGUGGUUUAGGGCUAGGUGGCAAGCCGAAUAACGAUCCGAGCAAGAACCCCUUUGGCACUGUUCCAUCUUCCACAUCCUCAUCCAGUGGUCCAAGUUUAUUUGGUGCAUCGUCAGGAGGGACUAGCUUUGGUUCCUCACCAACGUCAUCUUCGCCAACAAGAGGAACAUUCUCCAAAGGUUUUGGAGCGGGUUUCCUUGGAGCACCAUCUUUUGGUUCUACUUCAGCAUCAACAGCCUCUUCUGGAUUUGGAAGCUCUGCUGUUUUUGGUGGAGCGCCAUCAUUUGGAAGUACACCAGCAUUUGGUGGUGCCCCAACGUUCGGUUCAACUUCACCUGGUUCUUUUGGCACACCUGCCUCUUCAGGUGCAGUUUUUGGCUCAAACACAAGUAUGUUUGGCCAGCAGUCCGGUUUUGGAUCUUUGGCCCAACAGUCCAGUCCAUUAUUUGGCCAGUUAAGCUCACAAGCCGGAAAUUCAGCUUUUGGAGGCGUGACAGCAAACCAAAACCAACCAUCCUUUGGAAGUCUUUCUUCCAACCAAAACCAGCCUUCAUUUGGAAAUCUAAACCAGUCAAGCUCUUUUGGACAGCCAGGACCUGUGUUCGGGCAGUCAAGCAGUCCCCAAGGGUCAUCAUUCUCAGCAUGGAGGUGAGAAGCAAGGAAUGAUGGUGUAAUUUUUAAGUGCAUGGAGUAGACGAAAAUGACAUGAAGUUAGGAACAGACAGACAAUUGUUUUCUAAAUCUACUUCGCUUCCAUGAUAAUUGCUUUUGUUUUAUAUAUUCUCCAAUAUUUCUUUUGACGAGUUUGUGUUUAAUGGUCGUUGCUUAUAAAAGGAUUAGCUUAUAAAUCAUGUUUUCGGUCACUGGCUUUUUUGGCCAAGGAUUUUAAGAGAUCCCGUGUGUUGUAUGACAAAUUAUACUUAGGUAACUCGGUACAUUUAUAAACCAUAAUUAAAAAACACACAUACACGAUCAAAACUUUUUCUCAAAAUUUUCGCUGCCCUUCGGCAGCCUACUCACAGAUUAACAUUUCCAAUUUUAACGAUUUUUGUCUAAUUAAGAAUGUUCGUGUUUUGGAAGCAGAAAUAAAGUAAGUAUUUGAAAAAUAGACGGGCACAGCAAUUUGAGAGCACUGUUGCCAUGCCCAUUUUAGUAAAGAAGUAACAGGACCUCGCCAUUUCAUCAAUGAGAACCCUUUUAUAGGCAUUUGAUCGUCAAUUAAGCACAGUAUUAAAUAUCAUAAUAUUGUAUAAUGAAAUAUAUUUUUAUGAAAGGUGGGAGGGGCAUGUACCCCAAUGCCCCCUAGUUCACAUGUCAGUGUCAGUAGUUGUGGCAAAUGCGACUUCAUAUAUACACAUGCUUCCUGAUUCACCUCAAGUAAAAGAACCUGAAAUUCCUUUUUAUCCUCUGAGUUUUGUUUGUUUUGUUCCCUACACCUUUCAAAUAUUUUCCACAAUCGAGUGCCUUCCUAUUAUGACCCAAAAAAUCAAAACACAGCUACCCAGUUGUUUCUUGCCUGUUUUCUUGUAUGAAGUUUGCCUUGGUGCCCUGACUGUUUAAGGGUGUCCAUUUAAAGCAAACCCCUUAACUAAUUUGCCUAUCAAUGUUUUAGCAAACAAGAGGAAACCCCUUUAAGUUCCGUUCUGCGAGUGACUAACUACCAAUGCUUCUUUAAGCUAGGGGUGAAUCCUCUCAAAGCAGCCCAUAGAAAUAGUAGCAGCCUUAGAAAUCUGCCAUUGAAUUUCUUUUGUAUAAAGUGAGAAGUCUUUGUCUUGCCCAUUUGCGCAUUAACUAAUUUUUUCUAGCUUAUUAGUUUCGUCGAUUUAAUUGUCCUAGCGUAUGAUAAAAGACUGAAGCAUGAACAUUUCAUCGUAUUUUCUGUGUAUUUUUCCUGCUUUUCUUAGCGAUGAUAAUCGACAUUUUCUGUCAGUCGGCUCCAACAUUCCUCCGUUUACACAAAGAGAGCCUCUUGUCUCAGAUUGAAUAGCCAGUGUUUCAGCUAAAAGUUACAAUUUUGGCGAAAGUAUAAGCUUGAUGGUAAAAUGGGUUACACCACAGGAUGCAGAAGAUUAUUCCCUUUCUUUUGGUGUUUUCAAAAAACAAAUUGGACCACGUUUGACGAAGUUAUUCGACUUUUUUACAAUUUUUGGCGAGGGGGAUUCAGGUUUGCACAAAGCAGUUCAGAAAAAACAAUAGGCUUGUGAUUCCCAGAGU